AUGAGUGCCUUAAAGAAUGCGGUAUCUUUAGCCGUAAACCACGGCAAACUUGGACUGAGAAGUAAUGGAAAAACGUCAUUCCGGCCGCUGUUAUCAUGCGCCCCCGUGGCAAUGGUUGCGCUGGACCGCAACGCGCAUACACAGGACAUCACCAAGAAUAUACAGUACAUCAGCAACGAUAAGAUCAAGCUCAAAGCAGAUCCGGCUACUAUGAAGCUGGACAAACCCAUCGAGAAACCUCUGUGUAUAAUGAUUAACUGGCUCUUGGCCAGACAAAAGCACGUGAUGAAAUACGCCACGCUGUACCUGGAGCAAGGCUUCGACGUGGUCUCCGUAGCCUGCACGCCAUGGCAGCUCAUGUGGCCAGUCAAAGGAACUCAGUUGGUGGCUGGAGAUUUGAUUAAGUUCAUGGCUAUGAACGACAAUGAGCACCCAUUGGUUGUGCAUGGGUUCUCUGUUGGAGGCUACAUGUGGGGCGAAGUCUGUGCCCACGUCAUGAAGAAUAAGGAACAAUACCAACCGGUAAUGGACAGAGUGGUGGCCCAGGUUUGGGACUCGGCGGCGGACAUCAGUGAGAUCACUAUCGGUGUACCUGCAGCCGUCUUCCCUAAGAACCAGAUUAUGCAGAAGACACUACGAGCAUAUAUGGAAUACCACAUGAAGACGUUCCACGAGGCCGCCACGUCCCACUACAUCAGAUCCUCUCAACUGUUCCACACAAACCUGUGCCACGCGCCCGCUCUCUUCCUACUGUCUCGCAGCGAUCCCGUCGGAGCUGAACGCAGCAAUCGCAGCGUGCACGAUAGCUGGGUCAAAAUGGGAAUGAAGUGCACCUGGAAGUGCUGGGACCGGUCACCUCACGUCCAGCACUACACGAAACACCCCAAGGAGUACGUGGCGGCUCUCUACGCUCACCUCGACGCCUACGGACUCGUCUCCCAACCUGAGAAGAUGCGCAUGAGGUUAUAA